AUCUGGUUAUCUUUUUAUUUUUCCUGAAAGACAAAGUAGAGAUUGCCUUCCACUCACAUUAAAAGCCUGAAAAAAAAAUUGUGAUCUGUGAAGCUGAGUGUUGUGUUUUACAGUCAAAUUCAGCUUGUAUGACUUGAUCCUUUAAGCAUACCCUACUAUUUGGAAAAAUCUCCAGUUGUGUUAAAGAUGCUCUCUCAAUACCUUUAUUUCAGAGCACCCAACAAAUGUUCCUAACUUUGUAAGAUUGUUCCUACUCAACAGUUACUUGAACAAUGAGGGUGUUGAGGGUUCAUUCACUAAAUCAAAGGCUUUGUCCUUACCGUGUUUUGAGGUGGGUUUUGGUUUGGAUGAUUGUUUGUUUCCUUGUUUGGCGGAUGAAGGAAAGCGCAUCUUCUCAAUCUCCAUGUCCUCCAUGUGAUUGUUAUUGUUCUUCAACGGAAUAUCCCCUUGAUCCUUUGGGACUUGUCAAUGAUUCAAUUAACGGUGCAGAUUGUGGUAAACAUGAUUCGGAUAUGAAUGAGGAAAUGAAUAAGGAUCUAUUGACAUUGCUAUCUGAAGAGCUAAAUUUGCAGAAAAUUGUAGCCAAUGAGACAUUGGAACACACCAAAAGAUUAGUAUUGGAAGCCAGGAAAACCAUUUCACAUUACAAAAAGGAAGCAGAAAAGUGCAACGCCGGAGUGGGAACUUGUGAAGAAGCAAGGGAGAGGGCAGAGGCAGAGCUUAUUAAAGAGCGCAGGCUGACAGCAUUAUGGGAAAACCUAGCACGUGAAUAUGGGUGGGAGGAAGAACACGCUUGACAAGUUAACUAUCAGUACAUUAUG